AUGGAGUCGGUAUCACAGUUCACAGAAUCUACUGCAUCGAAGUCCGUCAAAGGAAACUUGGAUUUUUUGCGAAGACGAAGAAAAGAAAAAUGCGCAGUUUCGAACGGCGUCAAAUCGCUGCCUAUACAGAAUCUAUUGCCACGCAAAGCUAUUCAGUUUUCACAGCUCACCCAGUGCUCAAAAUCUGAAGAAAAGCAGGAUAGCAUCUCAAGAGAUCGUCUAAAACCGGACUCCUCCACCUCAGAUGUCUCUCCUAAUAAACCAGAAAAUCGCUUGAUCCAAACGCCAGUGCGGAGGCUGAAUAAAAGUCCGCUUUCGGUACCUUUUGAAGUUGCGGAACAUCAUGCAUCCAUUGAUGUGAAAUCCGUCACCGAAAAAAAUAUGAUGUACUUCAACGGCGGUGGCAGUGAUAUCCCUUUCAAGAAUGACCAAAAUCCUUUAAGCAUGCCAGGGAAAAAGAUGCCACAAGUCCUUCUGUCCCUUCCGACUGGAAAUCAGGAAUCAACUCAGUCAGACUUAGGUUUAGUCGCGGAAAAGCGUCCAUCCAUCCGCGUGAAAGCCGCAGUGGUCAAUGAAACGGCCUCAGAAGCAAAUUCGACAGAUCUUGGCGGUGGUUACGGUAAUACCCCUUCCAAGAAUGACCAAGUGCCCCAACGUCCAAUGAAAAAGUGCCUCUCAGCAAGCGGUGCACAAAGGAGAAAGAUUUCGACACAUGUUCGUUUCAGCCUUCCGACUGAAAGUCAAGAAUUUGUUCAGCCAGACUUCGGUUCAGUUGCGGAAGACCAUGAACCUUUCGAUGUAAAAUCGGCUGCAGCCUCUGAAGCGGCCAUCGAAUCAAAUUCGACGUAUCUCAGCGAUGGUGGCAGUGAUUUUUUAUCCAAGAAAGACGAAGACUACCACAUGGUUCCUCCGAUCAUCGAGAAAGACUCCAAGCUAUCCAUGUUACCUCAGUUGUUCACCAGUUUCGAUGAUUAUGCCAAGCAUAUGUGUCCAUUGUUAAUCCAUGAAGUCUGGGAAUCGCACUGUUGCAAUAUCGCCAACAUUAAGCAUUGCAUGAAAACGUUGGGAGAUUUCCCGUCAUUCCCGCUAGCAGACGCCAUCAUUCGACCGACCUUGAAUGUACUGACCAACCAGGAUAUGACUACUGAUUGUCCUCUUCUGACGACGAUUACGCUUGAUCAGUCACAGGAAAAGGCGGUAAAAUGGUGUGUUGAUGCAGUGCUGGGAAAACAGAACGCCAUUCGACUCGUCCAGGGUCCUCCAGGAACCGGGAAAACUACUGUCAUACUAGCGAUCCUCGAAGAGCUGCAGCUUCGUAAACUGACCUCGAGCGCUAAAGUCGGACUGAUUCUGGUGGUCGCUCCGUCGAGUGCCUCCGUUGAUGAAAUAUCGAGGAGAAUCAUCGCACGCAACAGGGAACUUGCUCCACUUGCUGCUCAACUUCGCCCAGGGUGCAACAAAAUGAUUCGAUUCGUCCGAUUCGGUGCAUCCAGCGAAAUUGCAAGUGACGUACGCAAUUACAGCUUGGAUUCACUGAUGAAGAAAAAUAGGAAUUCACUGUCAUCAAGUAGCCUGGACAUUAAUGCAAUAAAUGAGAAAAGAGCGCUGCUGGCAGCCCGUUUGCAUGAAAUGGAUGCCCAAAGUACCUCACCAGACCCUAAUCGUCGUCGAGCUCUCAAAGCAAAAAUAUCAAGCUUGAGCGAUCAACUCAACGAGGCUUUCCUGCAGAAUCCUCGGGUCAGAUUUACUUACUUUUGA